AUGGAGGUGGCACAGAUAUGGGAGCUGUGCGUGCUCCUGCUUGUAGCCGCUGGCUAUGCCACCCUUGCCAUAACCUACAUCCUCAACCGGCGCAGGCGGAAGCCACAGACAGAACGGUCUGAGGUAUUGGCUGAGUGUGAGCGCUGUUCGGUGGAGUUGGUUCGCGACAUGGUCCCCGAUGUCAGCGUGCCCGAAUAUCGAUUUCGAGGUAUGCACCUCAAGAUGUCGUCUAUCCACAUCGGCUUCGACAAUGUAGGUGUGAAAUUAAGAUCCAACGGGCGAUGCAUCCUUGAGGGUGUGACGGGCGAGUUCCAACCCAAAAGAGUGGCUGCAAUAAUGGGCCCUUCUGGCGCGGGCAAGACAACCUUCAUGAAUGCCCUGUGUGGUCGUGCAUACUACGGGACAGUGAGCGGGGAGAUCCGCUUGAAUGGUCGGACAGCCAGCAUUGCGGAGAUCAAGCCUAUCAGAGGCUUUGUUCCGCAGGAUGACAUCGUCCAUCCUCAUCUUACUGUUCGCGAGCAGAUCUUUUAUUCUGCGAAGCUACGAAAUCCCGAAGGCACAGCGUCGGAAGUCUUGGAAAACAUCGUCGAGGACGUGCUUAAUGUGAUGCAGCUGCUAGAUGUGCAACAUAGCAUCGUGGGAAAUGUGGAGACUCGUGGCAUCAGUGGUGGCCAGAGAAAACGCGUCAAUAUUGGACUCGAGCUGGCAUGCCGGCCAACCAUUUUGAUGCUGGACGAGCCGACAUCCGGACUUGAUGCGACAACAGCUCUCGACAUUGUGCGUUCCCUUCAGAAGUUGACCGAGAUCGGCAUGACUGUAGUAAUGGUUGUGCACCAGCCGCGAUAUUCACUUUUCACGCUCUUUCACGAGGUGCUGCUGCUCGGGUUGGGUGGCCAGACAGUGUACCUCGGCCCAAGCACUGGAGCUCUGCCCUACUUCAAGAGCCUCGGCUUCAGGAUGCCUGUGCACGAGAACCCGGCCGACUGGUUCAUGGACGUGAUUUCCGGCAAAGUCCGGAACGAAGACACACCUUCGCUCAAGCAAACGGAGCUUGCCAGCUACUGGAAGGAGCAGGCAAAGCCAACAGCAGAUCGAUCUGCUGGCCAUCGUCAUGCGACAACUGCGGAUGACAAGUUCAGGUUUUUCAAUGCCCUGGAUGCAAAACUAGAGUCGCUUGGCCUCGGGGAUGUGGGUGCCAUUACCGGAGAACAUUUCUCGCAAAUUCUCCAAUCCGCAGGAAUUGCGCCUUCAGAGCUUGCUUGUGCAGAAAUGAAGAAGCGGAUUGGCUUUGAAGAUGGAGCGAUCACCCGUCGCGGGCUUGCCCACUUCCUCUUGUGUUUGCGCAGCUCGUUUUCCCGCGAUGCAAUGAGUGACAUCCCGAACUGGGAGAAAGAUAUGGAGGCAUCAGAAGCCUCUGCGAGUUCGGUCAGUUCUCGCGAAACAGUUGACAAGAAGAUGGUUGCAAAGAGGGCACACUGGUGGCCGCAGUAUCGCGUCCUCGUGCACCAAAAUGCCAUUCGCUGGGCCCGGUUGUGGCAGCAGAAGAUUUUGAGCACCUUGCUUGUGACAGCCGCUGCUAUCAUGUUCGGAGCGCAAUGCACAGACAAGCUUGUUCCUGGCAAUAUUCUCUGUCCGCUAAAGAUCAACCUUUCGCACUUGGCAGUCGGGCUCAUGGUGGGCGUUGCUUGCUUGCAAAUCUUUGGUGCCGAUCGGCCAAUCUUCUGGCGCGAAAGCGCUAGCGGUGUCAGGGUGAUUGCUUUCUUCCUUGCUCGGGUUAGCGUUUCCUUGUUCGAUGUGCUGCUGUGGACCUACAUUUACACAGCAGUGUGGAUGGCCUGUGCAUCUGCUCCCUGUCCUUACUGGUUGUGGCUGAUUGCUUUCCGAAUGUCGGCAGUCAGCUCUGCUGGCAUCGGUGUGCUGGUUUCAGCAAUAGUGCCAGAACACAGCUCCACUUUGGCACUUGCUUCCGUCAUUCUCAUCAUGGGAGGCGCAAUCAGCGAACCGCAGGCCAUUUCUGAAGCAGCAGGCUCCUUCAAGGAAGUCCUAGCAUUUCUCUCGCCUUUCACCUGGGCAAUUGGAGAAAACUACCUGGCCGUGAUCAACAUGCAGGGUGGCGAAGAGGCUGUGAUAGACUUUGCACUCGACAUUGUGGAGGGCUACAAGAACAUCAUUCUUUCCAUGGGUGGUGAGUAUCUUGGAUAUGUGACCGCUGCCUACAUUUCUUGCGGUGUCUUUGGCAUGUUGGCCUUGGUCUCGGGCUACUUGGCGUUGCGGUUCUCUUAUCGCGGAAAGCAGGCGUGA